AUGGCUCCAUGGAAUACGUGGUAUAAUGAAGUGCCAUUCAUUCGCGUAAAAUCUUUAUACAAAGAUGACAUAGUGUUUGGAUUGCGUCAGUUAUUAUUUGAAUGGAUCAGUGGUAACAUACCAGAUGAUUCACGCGAAAAUCGACACAAUUUUAUGAGAUGUUUAGUUCAACAAUUGAUUUUGAGUCAUCAGGAAAUGGAUAUAAAAGUAUUAAAAUAUUGGAUUGGAAGCAUCGAUAUGGGCCAAAUUAUGUCAUCGUACGACCAUUUCGCGAAACAAUUUAUUGAUGGUUUCAUUGGUGAACGGAAUAUUUAUAAUGAUGAAAAUAAACAAUGUCAAGAAAUAGAUUAUAAAAUUCAAUAUUUACGCAUGUUGAAUAUGUGUAAUAAAAUAUCGAUGCAACGACUUGAAUUUCAAUGGAAAUCCUACUUGCCGGGAUGCAAUAAUCAAGCCGAUAUUGUGGAUUCAAUAAAAAGUGUCAUUCAACUGAUGACUUAUGUACUCCAAAUGGUCAUAGAAUCGCGUAACAACUUCUUGUCGCCAUUUCGAGAAUGUCAAAAUUUACCUGAAUCAUGCUUAUCACGACUUGCUGAGAUUCAAGUGUGGUUCGACGAAUUGGCAGAAAUUAUUCGGGACACACGAACACUGAUCAAUGGCAUCCAAAAAUAUGAUGAGAGAUGUUGCUACGCUGAACUUCACGAACUUAAUGAACUUUUUAAGCAAUUGAUCAAUUCGAUAAUGGUUUUGGAAAAUCAACCAUCUGAAAUCAUGACAAAGGAAAAGAAUUGUACAACGACCGUACGCGUUUUGUUGACAUUGGGCAGGUUCACUAGUGUAAGAAAAUUAAAUCUUGACGUAACUAUGUUUUCAGAAACAGAGAUGGAAACAUCACCUACGACUGAAAAUGGAGCUACAAUUGGAACAUCACAAUUUCAAGUGGAAGAUAAAAGUUUAAUAUGUCACCUUAAAAACAUGAAAGCAUCCGUUAAGUCGUGGCCAUUUUUUGUGAUUGUUCAUCAAAAUCAAAAAUCGGUAGCUAAAGCCGCUAUUUGGUGGGAUAAACAUUUUCCAAAUGUAGACCGAUCGAAUUCAAAGUCGUCAGUUCCUUGGGAAAGCAUGGAAGUACUUUUGAAGACGAUCUUCAAGCAUGAAACUGGAUGCGAUUUGAGCGAUUUGAAUUUGAAAGCAUUGUAUGAGAAGUGUAGCAACGGAAUCAUAAAAAAUGGUCAAUUUGUGUGGUCGCAAUCAUGCGCCAAAAUGCCGAAGUUUACAUUUACUUAUUGGGAUUGGUUUUUUUGUGCCACUAUAUUGACAAAAAAAUGUCUCAGUGAAGCGUGGAAGGAUGGACUUAUUGAUGGUUUUUCGAGUGACAGAUUAAGCGCUCAACAACUUCGCAAACGACUAGUUGUUGGUACUUUUUUACUGAGAUUUUCUGACAGUGAACUUGGCGCAUUGACACCGGUUUUUUUGGCAUAUGAUGGAAAUUCAAAAUUGGUAAAAAAGAAAUUUACGCCAAUUACAAUUAAAGAAUUUGAAAUAAUGAUUCGUGAACCCAAUGACCCGAUGUAUUGUGGAAUUGGAAACCUUAUCUCUAAAUUAAAAGAAUGCACCCAUCUUGCGAACGGAGUAUCGAAGUCGGAGGCAUUCAAAAACCACAUUACAACAUUACCAAAUAAAACAAAAGUGGGUUAUGAAACAAGACCAGUUAGCACUUCAGGGUCAGCACAAAUUCAAACACCACGGGCACCGCCGCAGAG